GUGGCGCGGCGCUAAAGGUCCGCCGGUUCCUCCGUGGACUGCGACGAUUGGGCAGAAAAACGAGUUUGGCAAUUUUGUAGUGAAAAUGUAAAUAGACAGGUGGCGUGGAGCAGUGAGUGGGUUAUGGAAAUGAAACAGAAGUGAAACCGACUUAAGUCUGCGGGUGCUCACGCGCACAUCCGCACAAAAUGUUCGGCGCAAAGUUGGACUGAGCCGCAUUUCCACUGUGGGAGCUUUUAUUAUCACAGUUAAAAAUCACCCGUGACUCUCCCCACUGUCGCUGACACCACCUGCCACAUCCACCUGACGCGCGUGUCCGUCCACAGGUGCCAGUCGCGCGGCCAUGCCUCGGCUCACGCCCGCGGCGGCUCUGCAGCUCGUGCUCCUGUUGUCCGCCUUACCCGCGCAGUACCUGAUCUGCAGGUGGAGCGGAUCCACGCCACUGCAGAGACUCCGCGCGACCUCACGGUUAAUCCAAAUGUGGACCGAGUGGCGGUCUUCGUACCUGAACGCCGCGGCCUGGAUGGAGUGGACAGACCGGCAGAUCUCCACAGUCAAGGCUUUGAUUGGCUUUGGAGAAGACGAAACGCCUCAAGAGUCACUUGCCAUAGAGUCCAUGCUUUAUGACAACGACCAGGGCUUUUUUGGAGCCUCCAAGGCAGUGCGUAGCCCCCGGCCCCCGUUUGUGUUCCUGCGUGUCGGAGAGGUGGUGAUGGAGAGGCGGGGUCAAAUGGUCGGGGUGGUGGUGAGCUGGGACCCUGAACUACGAGCCCCUUCGGAGUGGAUCGACAAAGUGUAUUCCAACUCUGAGGGUCCCAGAGCAGAGAAGACCCCUCAUUAUAAAGUACUGUUCAGUGGUCCUGGAUCCUCCUCACUGUUAAUCGCAUACCUGCCUCAGACACAACUGCAGCGCAUCACUGGGAUGAGGCCGGACAUUCCCAUGUUGGAGAACUACUUUACACACUUUGAUGGGACGCGGUUCGUCAUGCAGCCUUGGCUCAGAAAGAUCUUCCCUGAGGACGACAAAGAUGACAACAAUGAGGCGUGACUGCUCAGAUGUGUGUGAGCUUUACUGGGA